CUGUCUCUCUGUCUCUCUGUCUCUCUCUCUCUCUGUCUCUCUCUCUCUCUCUCUGUGUGUCAGGAAGUCAAACUUCACUCUCUCUCUGACUGAUCAUUAGACAGCAACAAACGCGAUGCCAGGCAAGAAAGUGUGUAUUAUCGGCUCAGGAAACUGGGGUUCUGCCAUUGCUAAGAUCAUCGGGCACAAUGUGAAAGCAUCAAACCGCUUCGAUCCAAUGGUGAAGAUGUGGGUCUAUGAGGAGAUGAUUGAUGGACGCAAACUCACCGAGAUCAUCAACACCGAACAUGAGAACGUCAAAUAUCUGCCUGGACACAAAAUGCCCAAAAAUGUGCUGGCGGUUCCUGACGUCACAGAGGCCUCAAGCGGAGCCGACUUCCUGAUCUUCGUCAUUCCUCAUCAGUUUAUUGGGAAAAUCUGUGACCAGAUGAAACCUCACGUCAAACCUGGAGCCAUCGGGAUCUCCCUCAUUAAAGGUAUCGAUGAGGGUCCGGAUGGGCUGACCCUGAUCUCUAACAUCAUCAGGUCCAAGCUGGAGAUCGAGGUCAGUGUGCUGAUGGGCGCCAACAUCGCCAGCGAGGUGGCCGAGGAGAAGUUCUGCGAGACCACCAUCGGAGCCACUAAUGAAUCCAACGGCAAGGUCUUCAAAGAGCUUCUGCAGACGCCGAACUUCCGCAUCACUGUGGUGAAGGAGAGCGACACGGUGGAGCUGUGUGGAGCGCUGAAGAACAUCGUGGAGGGGGGGGCUGGUGUGAUGGAGGCGGGGAUGUUAUGUUGA